UCCUGAAGGGGUCAGUUCUCCAUUCUAGUUACCCAGGAUCAAAGAAAUUUCCGUGAAGUCAUGUGCGGGAUUUCAGGGAAUUUUAGUUUGUAGACAAUGCCUCGGAUCAGAGAAGGCUCCAAGAAGCACAGGGUAGAAGCGAGUAAAACCCUGGUCAGCUCGAGACCAGCCUUUUCCAGUCCUCCUCCACUUGUGGUUCUGCCGCUGGAAAAUCCUAAAACUUAACCAGAGCAGCUGGGAGCCCCGCCCCGGAGUCGCGGCGCGCACGGACUCUCGUUGCUGUGGCGACGGAAGCAGUUGGCAGGAGGAUUCAGAACAGGUCUGUGGGACCGGAAACGAGUUGGUUCAGGAACGGGGCGUGGCCUCGGUUACUGUGGCAGCGGCGACGCUUACUCCCGGCCAGAUCCCAGUUUAGACGCCAGGGCUCCUUCCGUCCUUUUCAUGGCACCCAAGAAGGAGAAAGGCGGGGCUGCGAGCACCGCUUCUAAGCUAUGGGAACCUUCCCUCAUCGCUGCACAGUUCAAUCAGAAUGAUUGGAAGGGCUCCAUCGCGUUUGUAGUUGGAAACCAGAUUGAGGACGAUCUUCUCAUCCGAGCGCUCACACUUGCAGUUCAAGUCCCUCAGCGUAAACUCUUCAGUUUGGUAUCAUGGCGAGACAUCCUCCAGCAGAUUGAUGAUACAAAUUCACUUCUUGGAACUACAUCUAAAAAGGCAAAGAACCCCCUAGGCGGUAGUGCUCCCUUAUAUUAUGAGGUGUUACUGGCAGCAAAGGCAAUCCUGGACAGUGGGGAGAAAUUAACCUUACCACUGAUAGGGAAACUCUUGAAAUUUCAGCUUCUCCAGAUUAAAGUUAAGGACCAACAGCGACGGGAAAAUGAAAAGAAGGUGAUUGAAGACAGAUUUAAGAUAGAAAAGGAUAAAGGGAAAGCAAAAUCUCCCAAAGAGAAGAAGCCCACGAGUGCUAAAGUUGCCAAAGGGAAGGGAAAAGAUCAGCCUGAGGCAAACACAACUGUGAAAAAAACCACCCAGUUAAAACGGAGGGGAGAAGAGGAUGACACCAGACUUUACAUUGAUGAUGAGCCAGAUGAUGGUGCCCAACAUUACAUUAUAGUUGCAGGCUUCAACAAUCCUCAGCUAUUAGCAAUUAUGACUGAGCUUGGCAUUCCCAUAAGCAGCGUGAUUAAAAUAUCUUCAGAGGAUUAUGAACCUCUGCAGACACACCUGGCCGCAGUUAGCCAGCAGCAGGAAGUUUCUCUUCAGCCAGAAGAUAUAGAAGCUGAAAAAGUGAAGAAAGAGAAUGCCGUGAAAGAACUUGAAAUUUUCUGGAAGUACUUGGAACCAAUACUGAAUAAUGAGAAGCCUGAAACCAGUCUCUUUGAUGUUGCUCGACUUGAAUACAUGGUCAAGGCACAUGACUUUCCCUCUGACUGGUCAGACAACAAGAUGAUGCUAGAAUUGGGCACCAAUAUUUUUGAAAAUAUUGCCUGUUUGAUGUAUGACUGUCUGGACUGGAAAAGGCAGCACCAGCACUAUUUGGAAAACAUGCAGCUUAUUAAUGUCCCGCAAGUGGCUAAUGAGAAACCUGUCUUAGAAGCAGUGAUGAUUUCUGAGGCUGCACAACCUGUUGCUCCAGUCCCUGGAAAGAAGAAAACACAAAAUGAAGAACUGCAAGCCCCACGACCAGUGGCUUCUGUCAUCACAACUGAAGUAGACAUAAGAUAUUACAAUGAUCUGCUAAAUCCAAUUCCAGAAGAAUUCAUCUCUGUGCCCCUGAUACUGCAUUGUAUGCUGGAACAGGUUGUGGCAACUGAGGAAGACCGAGUCCCACCCAGUCUGGUGGAGCCACCUCCCAGAGCAGAUGGGCUGGACCACAGGAUUGCAGCUCACAUGGUUUCCAUCCUGCCCUCUCUCUGUCUCACAGAGAGGGAGAAAAAGAAUCUCCAGGAGUUCUUCUUAUCUGAAGAAGAAAGUGAAAGCAAAGCAGUGCCCAAAGGCCCCCACCUACUGAACUAUCACGAUGUGCAUGCCCACAAGAGGUACUUACUGAAGGACCAAAAGAAUUUUGACCCGGUUCAAGUUGAGCAGGAGAUGCAGUCCAAGCUACCACUGUGGGAAUUCCUUGAAUUCCCUCUGCCCCCGCCAUGGAAUAGCACUAAGCGUCUCGCUACAAUUCAUGAACUCAUGCACUUCUGUACAAGUGAAGUCUUGAGCUGGAAUGAAGUACAACGAGCCUUCAAAAUGUUUACUUUUGAGAGCCUGAAACUCUCUGAGGUUGAUGAAGAAGGGAAACUGAAGCCUCCUGGGAUGGUGCAUGGGGCAGAUUCUAAUAUGUUCAACAUACCAUGGGACAACCCUGCCAGAUUUGCUAAACAGAUAAGGCAGCAAUACAUGAUGAAAAUGAACACCCAAGAGACCAAACACCAACCAGAUACUGAAAUGAAAGAAAGAGUUUUGUUUGUGGAUCAGAAUUGGUCAGUGUCUGUGCAAGAUGACAAGAUCAAUAAAGAACCUUCAGAUCCUAGUCAGCCUGAUGCUAACAAUAUAAAGCACUCUGACCCAAAUAAUAAAAAAUCCUCAGACUCUGAUACUAAAGAGCUGUCAGAACAGGAUACCAGCUUGAAAACUCAGUUCCAACCUGAGCCUUUGGAAAAGAGCAUGAACAAUGAGAUCAAAGAUGAAGCAGUCAUAAAGGCUGAUCCUCUUGAAAAGAAGCCCAAGAAGAUGACCGUGGAAGCAGAGUUAGAGGACAUAAAGAAAACCCAGCAACGUAGUCUGAUGGACUGGAGUUUAACCGAACAUUUUCAACCGAAAGUUCUGCUUCAGGUUCUUCAAGAAGCCAAUCAGCAGUACAGGUGUAUUGAUUCUUAUUAUCACACCCAAGACAACUCUUUACUUUUAGUCUUUCAUAAUCCAAUGAAUAGGCAACGUCUGCGUUGUGAAUAUUGGAAUAUUGCUCUUCACUCCAAUGUUGGAUUCAGGAAUUAUUUAGAACUUGUUGCUAAAUCCAUUCAAGAUUGGAUCAUAAAAGAAGAAGCUAUAUAUCAGGAAUCUAAAAUGGCCAAGGAAAUCACUAAGACCAACCUUGAACUGGAAUUGAGGUCUUCUGCAGGUAACAAAGAAAUGAGCAAAACAGAGUUAUCAGAUCAAGAAAAAGAGAAGGAAAAGAUUCCUUUCAUUUUAGAAGGCUCUCUCAAGGCAUGGAAAAAAGAACAAGAUCAGUUAGCAGAAGAAGAAUGCUUGAAGGAAGAAAAAAAAGCAGAAAAGAAGAGUAAGGAAUUUGGUAUGAAGAAAGGCCAGGAACAGAUAGAGAAGGAAGAUAGUAGGAUUUUGAAGAAAAAAUCUUCUUCCAAGGAAAAAGCUAAAGAAGAGCAAAUGAAGAUUCCAGAAGUACCGGAGGAGGCCCUCCGGCAACCAGCACCUGAGAUCGUUUAUCCGUUUCAUGGAUACGAUAUGGGAGAUAUACCCAUCCAAAUCUCAGGAACAAGUAAUUAUCUGUAUCCUUCGGAUGGAGGACAGAUUGAAGUAGAAAAGACAAUAUUUGAAAAAGGCCCAACUUUUAUCAAAGUGAAAGUGAAAAAGGACAAGCACAGUUUUAUAAUUCAUUUAAAAGACCCUAAGGAAAUUGUUCAAAAGGAAGAGGAUUAUUCCUCAGAAGAUAAGGAAGAAGAAGGAGAGGAAGGACACAAUCUUGAAAUGGAACAAUCAGCUGCAGAGAAUAAAGCUGUCAGUAAGUUUGGCUCUUUUUCUGCCACCUUGGAAAAUGGAUUCUGCCUCUCAAUAAGUUACUAUGGAUCGAGCGGAAUGGCGCCAGAGGAUAAGGACCCUGAUUUGGAAUCAAUGUUGAAUAUCCCAUCAGCACUUAUUCCAACAGCAAUUCCUGCUAUCGUGACUGUUCCUCAAGGCAAAGGUAAAGCGAAAAUAAAAGGCAAAGAAAAACCCAAAGAAUCCCUGAAAGAGGAGGAGAACCCAAAAGAAGAGGAGAAAAAGGAGGAAGUAGAACCAGAACCUGUUUUACAAGAGACUUAUGUUCCCACCUUCCAUAACCUGAAUGUGUCUUGCCCCAAUGGUCUCCUGGUGACAUUCAUUGGGCAAGAGUCUACAGAUCAAUAUGUUAUGGAUGAAGAACCCACUUGGGACAUCAUAGUCCGACAGAGCUACCCCCAGAGGGUGAAGCACUAUGAGUUCUACAAAACAGUGAUGCCCCCAGUGGAGCAGGAGGCCUCGAGAGUUAUCACCAGUCAAGGCACUGUUGUCAAAUAUAUGUUGGAUGGAUCCUCACAGAUUCUCUUUGCAGAUGGGGCUGUGAGCAACAGUCCUGAUUCAGGUCCUGUGUGUCCUCCUGCUGAAAUGCCAGCAAGCUCUCAUAGCGGAGACCUGAUGGAUACGGUUUCUCUACAGAAAUCAGAAACAGCACCAUCUGAGACUGUCAUCACAAAGAAAGGAAAAAGCCACAAAAAUCAGUCAUCAAUGGCAUAUAAAAAUGAAGUCCAUGAACCUCCCCCAGAGGCAGUUCAAACAAUAACCCCCGUAGAGGUUCAUGUAGGCACCUGGUUUACAACCACACCUGAAGGAAAUCGUAUUGGCACCAAAGGAUUAGAAAGAAUAGCAGGCUUGGCUCCAUUUUUAUCUUUUCAGGCCACAGAUCCUGUCAAUGAAACGGUUAUGACAACCCGAGAAGACAAAGUGACCAUUGUUGAAAAGAAAGAUGGAACUCGGAUAGUGGAUCAUGCUGACGGUACCAGAAUCACAACCUUUUAUCAGGUUUAUGAAGAUCAUAUUACCCCCCCAGAUGAUCAGGAAACAAUUGAAGGUCCUUGGGCUGUCACCAGGCAGGUGAAGUGCAUGCGGAUAGAAAGCUCACACUAUGCCACGGUCAUCACCAACUGCGAGAACAGUAGCUGCUGUGCCACCUUUGGAGAUGGGACAUUUGUUAUCGCCAAGCCACAGGGAACAUAUCAGGUAUUACCUCCAAACACAGGCAGUCUUCAUAUUGAUAGGGAUUGUUCAGCUAUAUAUUGCCAUGAAUCCAGUAGUGACAUAUACCAUCCUUUCCAAAUACGUGAACAGCUGAGAGCUAGCAGGUACAUCAUGAAGCACACAUCAGAGGUUAUCUGUGAGGUCCUGGAUCCUGAGGGAAAUGCCUUUCAGGUCAUGGCUGAUGGUAGUGUAUCAACUAUGCUACCAGAAAACAAUUUGGAAGAUGAUUUAAGUGAAAGAACCGAAGGCUAUGAUAGUUUAUCCUCUAUUCACCUUCAAAAGAAUCAUCUACAAAUCUAUGGUGAACAUGUCCCCAGGUUUUUUGUCAUCCAUGCUGACGGAUCAGGAGUGGAACUUCUUCGAGACAGUGACAUAGAAGAAUACCUCUCCUUGGCAUAUGGAGAUUCAACUACUGUAGUUCUUCAGGAACCAGUACAGGAACAAUCAGGUACCCUGAGCAUCACUGUCCUUCGCCCUUUCCAUGAAGCAUCACCAUGGCUGAUGAAAAAAGAAUUAGGUACAAUUGUUCCUCCUAAUCUUCAGUCAAGGUCAUGGGAGACAUUUCCCCCAGUUGAGAAAAAAACUCUAGGAGCUCCAUUUGGCACUUACAUAUGGAAGGGUCUUGACAUUGGCUCCAAACAGCUAGUGACUGCCCCUGCCCCUAUACUCAGGAACCCCAAGGUGUUACAGAUACGCCAGUUCAUCCAGCACGAGGUCAUAAAGAAUGAGGUGAAAUUGAAGCUGCAGAUUUCCCUUAAGGAUUAUAUAAACCAUAUUCUAAAGAAAGAAGAUGAGCUACAGGAAAUGACAGUUAAAGAUUCCAGAACAGAGGAAGAGAGAGGCAACGCUGCGGAUCUCCUCAAGUUAGUUAUGUCUUUCCCUAAAAUGGAGGAAACUAUGAAAAGUCAUGUUACCGAAGUUGCAGCCCACCUAACCGAUUUAUUCAAUCAGUCUUUUACUACGGCUACAGAAUGUCCACCAGAAAUGUUUGCUACAGAUUUCCGUGAAAAGAAAUGGAGGCACACAGUGACAGCAAAGCGCUGGAAAGAAAAGUUAGAUCAAAAGAGGAAGGAAAUUGAAAAAACACACAAUUAUCUAACGGAAAUUAGGAACAAAGUAAUAUCACCCUACUUCAAAUCUGAAUUGAGCAAGUUAUAUCAGUCACAGUUUAAUUAUGUGGACACCCUUUCUAAAAACCUGCCUCCUUUUAUAAAGAAAGAUAAAGGUGCAAACAAAACAGCUGUUCAGAAUACAGUUGAUCUUCAUCCAGAUUCCCAGCCAAAUGAAGAUUCAGAACAGGAAUCUUCAGAUACCCUUAGUCUGCCAAAAUUGGAGUGUUUUGUGGCUACCAAGGAAUCUGCUAAACAGAACCAAACUGAAAAUGUAACAAAACCUCCAGAAGAACCACAGUCUGUGCCCCUGAAAAUUCCAACCCAGUCAUUGCUGCAGGACGCUGCAGGACAAGCAAGGAAAGAGAAAGUGAAGUUACCUCACUAUUUGCUGAGUUCCAAGCCCAAGUCUCAACCUCUCAUAAAGGUGCAAGAUUCUAUUGGAGGAAGAGUGAAAACAUCCUCUGUUGCAUCUGCUGCCAUUAACAAUGUAAAUUCAUCCCUUUUUGGAUUCCAUCUUCUCCCACCAUCAGUGAAGUUCGGAGUGCUUCAAGAAGGACACACCUAUGCAACCACUGUAAAGCUCAAGAACACUGGAGUUGACUUCUGCAGGUUUAGGGUGAAGCAGCCUCCACCCAGCACAGGACUGAAAGUGACUUACAAACCGGGACCUGUGGCAGCUGGUUUACAGACAGAACUGCAAGUGGAGUUAUUUGCCAUGGCUGUUGGAGAGGAUGGUGCCAAGGGACUGGCAUACAUCUCUCACAAUAUUGAGAUUAUGACUGAGCAUGACGUCCUGUUCUUACCCGUGGAAGCAACAGUUUUAACAAGCAGCAAUUAUGAAGAGAGACCAAAACAUUUCCCCCAAGGGAAAGAAAACCCCAUGGUCCAUAGGACUUCCACAGUUUCUUCCUCGUCACUUGGAGUCUUCAUGUCCCGUAAAGUUUCUCCACAUUAAGGCCAUUUCUUCCCGAUAUAGCUCAACAGCCUCCAUGAUCCUCUCAGCCUACAGAUGACAAAGGACAGAAAUCAUCACAACACAUUCCAUUAUCCCAGAACACUGCAACUGGAAGGCCUGUCUAGAAAAUCACCAAAUGAAAUAGCCUGAAUUGACUUAAUAAAGAUGUACCAGUAGAGUGCCAAACAACAUUUAAAGACGUCCUUGGUUUUUUUUUCUUUUUUUAAUGUAUAAGGAAGAGACUAAAUGUGGAAAUAGGUAAGACUGUAUGUGGACACCUUGAAUAGAGCAGCUCCCGGGAACAUCUGAAUGAUGCUUUCAGGAGAUGAAGCUUGCCUUUCUAGAAACCAGGCACUGAUCAAAAAGAUUCAGCACUAUUCGUGUCCUUGGUUAAGGGAGGGAAGCAGAGGUUAUGAUCUCUGUAAAUUUCAUCAAUUGUUUGCCACAAAAGGGCUAUUGGGUUGAUAAAGACAUGUACCAAAAAGUUGGGAUCCUAUUUAAAAACAAGAUACUACAUCCUUUAUCA